AUAGAUACGGGAAAAACAGUUUGUGUAUGUGAGAGAGAGAUAGAAAGGGAGAGACAAAAUGAUCGAGUCAUGCAAUCAGAGCCAGAAUCUGGCAGCAGCAGGUUGCUUCAGCCCCGAUAUGACCCGGCUCUCGAACCCCACCCCGUCAAUCUCCAGCAUCCUGCUGCUUUUCCAUAAUAUCACACUACACCACAUCUCAAAUCUCGUCAUGACAGCUUCCAGCCUCCUAUACGACUUAAGGAUUUAGCACAACAUCAUAUGCCUAUACCUUGCCUCUCAUUUUGACCAAUAGGAUCUUGGAUUGUGGCAGGUGCACUGACAGGGAUCCUCAUUCGCUUCCAAGAGUAGUGGUGAAAUAUUUGGCUCACUGGUCGCGGAAGACCCCAUGGAACGCACUGGAUUGACUUUGGAUUUGGGACUUUUAUGUGACAAUUGAACAGAGAAGGACAGGAAGAGGAAAAGAGGCAAAGGUAAAGGGGAGACGUGUGAGGACAGAAGGAGGGGAGGACAGGAAGAAGAGGGCAGGGAGAUGGGAAACAUAAACAAGGCUUCUAAAAAGAAUGGUAAAAGGAAGAAGGGGGAGUCAUCUGUAGAGCGAAGCAGCUCCCCGUUGGCUGCCGCCAUGCUGGGGGGCAUGGGUGGUGCAGGUGAGCUUGACACAGAUGACGAGGACGAAGGAGCAAGCGAGCGGGACUUCGAUGAGCCUCUGUGCGCGCUGGUUCAGAACUGCAACAUGCUGCACCACCUAGUGGGGCCUGCUUGUAUCUUCCUCAGACAGGGCUUUGCACAGAGCCAGAUUGACCGAGAUCUACGACCAGAGGAAAUGGAAGAACUGCGUGAGGCAUUCAGGGAAUUUGACAAAGACAAGGAUGGCUUCAUCAGCUGUAAAGACCUUGGUGAAUGCAUGAGGACUAUGGGAUACAUGCCGACAGAGAUGGAACUGAUCGAACUCAGCCAGCAGAUCUGUGGCGGCAGAGUGGACUUUGAAGACUUUGUGGAUCUGAUGGGUCCUAAAAUGCUCGCUGAGACAGCAGACAUGAUUGGAGUCAAGGAGCUGAGGGAUGCCUUCAAAGAGUUUGACUCUGAUGGUGAUGGUCAGAUCAGCCUCGGUGAGCUGAAGGAAGCCAUGAAAAAGCUAAUGGGGGAGCAACUGAACCACCGCGAGAUCGACGAGAUCCUGCGAGAUGUUGACCUCAAUGGGGACGGAGAAGUUGACUUCGAAGAGUUUGUGCGAAUGAUGUCUCGCUGACUCACCAAACCAUUGCGCUACUGCACCAACAUGGACCGGACUGCACACUGUUUAAUUCUUCAUGAUGUACAAAGAUCUUAUUAGUGUUUGUAAUUUUCCGUUAAUUCAUCAUCUCUCAAGUAUAAGAGAAUCCAUUUGAUGUGUAACUGUUGUAUGAAUGUAAUAAUGUUUUAUCUAUUUAACAUGUACUAAAAGAUUGUAAAGUGAUAAUUCAGCACAAAGAUGGUUACCCAAAGCUUCGCUAUCAAUUUGAAUAUAUUUGAACUGUGAAUACCAUACAAGCAACAAUUUGGUUUGCAAUACAUAACAUUAGUUAAUUUGUCAGUUCACACAAAAUAUUCUUUCAAUCAAUCAAGUCAAAAUUAGAAGAGAAGUUACUUUAGGUGUCCAGUUGGCCUGUUGAGAUUUCAGAGAAUGUUUUCUUUUUGUUAUUUGGGUGAAGUGACCCUUUAAACAUGCAGUUUACUGUGAAUGAAUGAAUCUUAUUAUUACUCCUCACAAAUGUACUAUCUAAGGUCUUCCAUUCAUACAAAUAGGACUGUCAUUACUGUUGAAUAUUGUAGUUUAGAUGGCAAAAGUGACAUGGGAUUAUUUAUACACUUUUAUUGCACAAACAGCCUCAAAAAUACAUAGCAAAAACCUUUAUUCAGGACUUUUGAUAUGAUACAACCCAUAUCUGCAAAUAAAUCUUGCAGAUGUUCUAAUAUUCAGUCAACUAUCUUUUAGAUACAGAUGUGAUAAUAAUAACAGUAUUGUUUUGUUUGUGUCUGCUACACACGUCACAAACCAUGUUUCUCUGUUCAGGCAGAAAUAUACAGAAUGUCUCAAAGAACAACUUGCUUAUUUUAUGAAACUAUAUACAUGUUUAAUGUUUGUACAGUGUCAGAUCUUUUAAGAAAUGCAUUAGACAUGUUAAUGUAUUAACAAUAAAUUAGUUUAUAUUGCUCAGA